CACGAUACUGAUGAAUUGCGUUGCAGACUUUGUUGCUGAAGAAGCUAAGGAUGCUGACUCUCUCUUCUCUUACACUUCCUUCAAAUCCCAAAUUUCGGGGUCAACCAUUUCGAUGUCAACCCUGUCCUUUCCGUAGAUGCUCAGAAACUUAUUUUCCUCGUCAUACAUUUUAUACUAAUACAACUUUAAUUAAAGCAUCAGCAGCGGACCACAAUGAGCCUAAUGAAGUGAAGAUGCAGAUUGGGAUCAUGAAGGAGAAACUCAGGGAAGCAAUACCAAAACUCACAGAAGCAAUGCCAAGCUCGGUUCAAGAAUUUCCUUGGAGAAAUGCUCAACAUACACUUCUAGACAGACUACUACUUCUUGUGCCAGAGGCAUUAAAGUGGUCUCUUGUUGUAUAUUUCAUCUUUAGCACCUUAUCAGAUGUUGUAUAUACAUUAUCUAUAAAUCGAGAAUUGAUUAUUCCCGUUGGCCUCUUUGUCGGCUGCCUUAUAGCGGAUUUCUUGAAGGAAAUAUCACUAGAAUUGUUUCGUGGAUCCGAGGAGAAUGAUUUGAAAUGGCAUCGUUUGGGCUUGUGUGGUCUUUUUGUACUUGUCAAGUUUACAUCGAAAUGGUUCUCAACACAACCCGGGGUGUUUCUUUUGCAUGUUGCAAAUGGCGGAUUGAUGCAGCUACUUUGGCAUUGGAGAAAUUUUAUGGAAGAUGCAAAAAAUAGACAAGAAAUGAGUACACCUUCGGGUUUGGAAGCAUAGAUGGAUAUUGGAGUUCUAAGUUUUUGACAUAAACUUCAAUUUUCCACAAAUAUGUAGUUCAUGUGAUUAGGUAAUCUUUUGAGCUUGUUUCGUAUAUCCUUCAGUAGUAUUAGACGCAGCAACUAAUCACUUUCGAUCAUCAUGUUCAUAUGAACUUGUUGUAUUUAUUCCCUUUUGAUUCAAGUGGAUGAAACAAACUUAAUGGAGCAAAUUAUGAGCAUCAUUCAUGUAACCAUAGAUGAGGAACAAAUUGUGCUGUUUUGAUGAUAUGUAUUGCCAUUUAAAAAUCUAGAAAUUGAUAUUA